AUGGAGGGCUGUGAAAAUGAAAACGAACAAAAUAGGAACAAGGAUCGAAGUCCAUCACCGGGAAUCAAAUCAACAGCUGUGGUGAAGUACACAGCAUUCCAGAGCCCGGUAGGAUAUGCUCGAGGAACUGGCUUAUCAAGCUUCAGAAUGGCGCAUAUGUUUCCUGACUGUGUUGGAGAAGUGGAUGUGAUAUCUGAUGCAGAGUGCAUUAAAAAAUUACUGAAAUUACCCUAUCAGCCUAAUGGUACAGUGAGCAUGAUGGUUCACAGAGUGGAGAAUACAUUGUUACUUGAUGACUUUGAUGUCUAUGACUACUUGAUGAAAUCUGAGUGGUCCUGGCUAAAAGAUUUCUUUUAUGAAAACAUUGUGAAAACCAUGUCUGAACAGGAGCGCAUGUCGCUGACGGGGCUGCGUGUGGGCGGGGGCGCGGCGCGGCGCGCGCUGCAGCUCACGCAGCAGUUCCUGUCGCACAGCGUGCUGCAGCGCCCGCCGCAGCCGCUGCAGCCGCUGCAGCCCGACUGCACCCACACCACGCCCGUGUGCCUCGCAGGUCAGUCAACACCUAAUGCACCAGCGCUGCAGCUCACGCAGCAGUUCCUGUCGCACAGCGUGCUGCAGCGCCCGCCGCAGCCGCUGCAGCCGCUGCAGCCCGACUGCACCCACACCACGCCCGUGUGCCUCGCAGGUCAAUCAACACCUAAUGCACCAGCGCUGCAGCUCACGCAGCAGUUCCUGUCGCACAGCGUGCUACAGCGCCCGACGCAGCUGCUGCAGCCCGACUGCACCCACACCACGCCCGUGUGCCUCGCAGGUCACGUGCUGCAGCGCCCGCCGCAGCCGCUGCAGCCGCUGCAGUCCGACUGCUCCCACACCGCGCCCGUGUGCCUCGCAGGUCAGUCAACACCUAAUGCACCAGCGCUGCAGCUCACGCAGCAGUUCCUGUCGCCCAGCGUGCUGCAGCGCCCGCCGCAGCCGCUGCAGCCGCUGCAGCCCGACUGCACCCACACCACGCCCGUGUGCCUCGCAGGUCAGUCAACACCUAAUGCACCAGCGCUGCAGCUCACGCAGCAGUUCCUGUCGCACAACGUGCUGCAGCGCCCGCCGCAGCCGCUGCAGCCGCUGCAGCCCGACUGCACCCACACCACGCCCGUGUGCCUCGCAGGUCAAUCAACACCUAAUGCACCAGCGCUGCAGCUCACGCAGCAGUUCCUGUCGCACAGCGUGCUGCAGCGCCCGCCGCAGCCGCUGCAGCCACUGCAGCCCGACUGCACCCACACCACGCCCGUGUGCCUCGCAGGACCAUUUCUACCGGAACCCGAAACAAAAGUGGAAGGCCCACCCAAUGAGCACCUCUACAAUAGAAACGUUCUCUGGACCUUCGAAGAUAUUCACAUGUUGGUCGGCAGCGAUCUUCCGAUAUUUGGCGAUAAGGACAGGCCUUGCGUAAGCCUUCGCUUGAGGGAUGCGAGGGAACCCAUCAAUGUCCUUACCGGGAUAGAUUACUGGCUUGAUAACUUAAUGUGCAACGUUCCCGAAGUCCUGAUGUGCUACCAUCUAGAUGGCAUUGUCCAGAAAUAUGAACCUAUGAAGACCGAGGACCUGCCCAAUAUGGAAAACUCCAGAUUUUCCCCUAAAGUCAUAAGGAACGUCGCUCAGAAUAUUCUCUCCUUUCUCAAAUCCAACGUUACCAAAGCUGGACACACUUAUUGGCUGUUCAAGGGGCCACAUGACGAUGUGGUCAAGUUGUACGACUUGACGUCUCUGUGUCCAGACAGUAUGGACAAUCCAUUCACCACGCCCGUAGCAAUGUUACUAUAUCGCGUCGCGAGGAAUAUGCGAUUGACGAACAGGUCGAAACACGUCAAAAACUUGUUGGAACACGUUGUAAAGUUGCUCAAAGUGGAGAGGUAUCCUCAAAUAGUGGCGUCGUCUCAUUACAUGCUCGCCGAUCUGUACGUUCCAGCGACAACCAAUCCGGCCUGUCCGGAUUUUAAAGACGAAAGCUCCGAUUCGGAAGACGAAAGUGAAUUCGGCAACUAUGCGGAGUUCGCAAAAGACGCAGCGAGUGAUACUGACCAGGCGAGCGACAGAGACAGCACGUGCACCGUGUGCGACGGAGACGACGCUGGCGGUGCGAGCGAGCGAGACAACACCAGCGACAAGGAAGCCUGCGACAGAGUUGAAAUUAUGAGUGAUCACUCCGAUAAGGAGGAGGAGGCAGUUGAAGCAAAGGAUGGAGGGGAAAGGGAGGAGGUUCAGGUGGGCGGGCGGGAGUUGGCGUUGCGGCACAUUGGCGAUCGCGUGCGGGACGCUGCACCGGAUGAUAAAGCAAAGUGCGGUGUAGAUGUUGAUGAUGGUGGGGGCGGGGGCGCGGGCGCGGGCGUGCCGGAGCGCUGCGGCCGCGCGCUCGCACACGCACUGCGCGGCCUCGCUGCUCUGCACCACGUCGUCAUACAGAAGGACAAGGAGGAGGAACGAGAACGGCUAAAGCAACAGAUAAUAAUAGAAGAACAACAUCCGAAAAUGGCUAACCCGUACGAGCCGAUCAAAAUGAAUUACGAGCCAUUGAACAAAAAGAAUCAAGACCCAAAGGAACACGUAUCGAGAAGCAGACGCCGGAAACGUGAAAGAAAAUCUACAGAAAAGUCCGGCAACUUCUUAAUUGAAACAAACACAAACAUUGACAAGAACGCCAUUUUGAUUCGCAAAGAGAACAAGAUGGCGUCGUGGCACGAACCGAGCCGCGACGACAAUUUCGCAUGGAAGUUGCAUUUGAAGACAUUGCUAUACGAAAAAAUAUGUCUCGCGUACGCAACGUUGGCCGAAUACAGUUACUCGCAUGAGCAAUAUGGUUUUUCAUUGAAAUAUAUUGACAUGGCCAGUAAGUGUCAGACGUUGUUGAGCAAUAUGAUUAUAAAGAGCCGGGUUGUGGACGCGAGCUGCUUGAUCGGUCGCGUUGGUGACAAUUUCUUUCAACUGAGUAAAAAUUGGAACAGAUUGGAACAGUUUAAGAAACAAUUUGAAACUGAUCACGAAAUAGAUGGUAAUAUUAAGAUGGAGAUAGAAAAUGAUAUGUCUGAGGAGAUUGAGGGUGAUGCGACGGAUGAGUUUGAUCUAGAUAUAUCACUGCCAUCAAGCGACACGGAAGCAAUGUUGCGCUCGUGUGACUAUUAUCGGAGAGCUGGCCGUGUGGCCGGGGCGAAACGCGCAGAGUUGCUCCGAAGGUUGGCGUCUGUUUGCAACGAGCUCGCCGUACGGUUCAUGAAUGAUGCACAACAGAUCUACGUGAAAUACAUGGAGGAACCGGACCAAAACGACUCGAAAGCCAAGAUCUUACUGAAACAGUUCACGACGUUGUCUCGCCGCUCCGCCGAGUGUCUCGACGAGGCGACGAGCAUUUUCGAGCAAGUGAACGACGUGCCCAACCUUGCCUUGCUGUACUGCAACAAGGGACGGUACAUGAGGUUUAAGGCGCAUUGCGAUCAAGGCGGCUUUGGCGUGGAGAAGCGGAGGCUGUACGGCGAAGCGGAGCAGCUGUACCGGCGCGCGCUGAAGAUGCUGGGCCCGCGCGAGACGUGCGGCGCCGCGUCCGUGUGGGAGCUGGUGUCGUGGGAGCUGUCCUGCCAUCUGUACACGCGGGCCGUGCUCAUGCAGGACUGCCCGCAGCUAUACGAAAACGAAGUGACUGAGGUUGCCGAAGCGUUUAAACACGCUCUCAAGUACUGCCUCCUGAGUCCAGGGCCUAGGCAGUAUCUCUAUCAGUUUCGAGCGGCUAUGAUAUACCAUCGGCUGGGUUCUUUAUACCAUUCACAGUUCAGAAUAACGCAGGAGGACGGGCCGAAGCGGCGGACGCUGCUUAAUGCGACGCGCACCAACUACGAAGCUGCGGCGAACCUGUUCGCGGGGCUUGAGGAUGCCGCCAUGUUCCUCACCGUGCGCCUUGAACACGUCGCUGCACUGGAGGCGCACGCCGCAGUGUCACCAAACCUCAAACUUAAGUCAUUACAAACUGCAGUCCAGCUUCUCCGUCAAUGCCACUCGAUCGUGAAACUCCUGAAAAACAGAGACCCGGAAGACCAGAAAGAGACACCGAGACCGGAGGACGGAGAUGAAAAGACCACGAAGAAUGAACACAGCCUUCUAUGUCUUUACGAAAACCGUCUACAUUACAUAUUAAAGAGCAUCAUACAGUAUUGCAGAUCGAAGUCGAAUAAAGAUUACGAUAAAAUGACAGAUAUGUAUAAAAAGCUGUAUUGUGCCAGUUUGAAGAUUAAAAAGGAUGAUGAUAUUAGGUGUUACGCGGCCAGUAUAUGCGACGUGCUAGAGACAAUGGACGAGAUCUCAAAGGAGUUCGAAUAG